ACUUGCUUCCUGCUGUCAAGUCACCAUGAGUUCCAGAGGAGGCAGCCAACGCGGAAGUCAACGAGGUGGAGGCAGAGGUGGGCCCCCUAGAGGCGGAGGCGGCGGGGCUGGCGGCAGAGGUGGUGGUGGUCGAGGGGGUGGUUACCAGGGAGGUGGUGGAAGCGGCGGCGGCGGCGGCGGGCGUGGUCGCGGUGAUGGACGUGGCGGAGGCCCUCCUCGAGGCGGUGGGGGCUUCAGAGGUGGUGGGCGGGCUGCGCCGGUCAUACCAUUCGAGGUCUACAAUCCUGGCCCGGCCGUCAUCCCGCCUCGUCUUUCCGACGCGGCGCACAACAGCCUCAUCACGACCCAUAAGUCGCUUCCUACCGACCCGCGCCGUCCUGUACGUCCCGGCUAUGGCACGCUCGGGACGUCCGUCACCCUGCGCUCCAACUUCUUCGUGGCGAAGUUGCCGAAGGGACCGUUCUACGAGUACGAGAUGUCGGUUGCUCCUCAGCAGAGCAUCAACAAGCUGAAGUUCCGCAUCAUCGAGCUGAUGGAACAGCAGCCGGUCAUGCAGCCAUAUCGUUCUUACAUCGCGCACGAUCGCUCGACGAGGCUGAUCUCGGCUCGCAAGCUUCCAGAGCCGUUGACAGUGGUCUUCCCCUUCAUCGAGGACGGCGACACCCAGCCGAGAUCGAAUGCGACGACCUACACGGUCAUUAUCAAGUUCAAGCAGGUGAUAGACCUGACAGGCAUGGCCAAAUAUCUGCCAGGCAACAAGGAGUCCCGCGAUUACAACCCGAAUCCUGUACUCUCGAUAUGCAACCUGAUCUUGCAGACCUACGCCGCUCGUCACGGUACCCGCGUCGGUCAGAACAAGUACUUCUUCGACGAUCCCAACGCGCCGCCCAUUCGACUUGCCACACCAGGCCUGGAGGUUAUGCGAGGGUUUUUUCUGUCGACCCGUCCUGCACUUAAUCAGCUUCAUGUGAACGUCAACGUUUGCAUGACAGCCUUCGUGCAGCCUGGGAGACUCGAGGAUCUCCUCGACAAGUUCGGCAACAUGUCGCAGGGUGCUGUCCCCCGCCUUCCGCCUUCGCUCGUCAAUAGCAUCCGCGUCACGACGACAUACCUCGGAUACAAGAAGCGCAAGAAGCUGAAGGCUGUCGGUUCGCGCUCCGCAGCGCAGACCUUCUUCAACUGCCAGGAGCUUGGCGGCAAGGUCUCCGUGGCCGACUUCUUCAAGCGAAAGUACAAUGUUCGCUUGCGUCGUGCUGACAAUCUUCCUGUUGUCGACGUCGCUAGCCCUCAGAAGCGCGAACCCGAAUGGAUCCCUGCCGAGCUCUGCGACAUCGAUCCGAAGCAGCCCUUCCGCGGCAAGCUCUCUGACCAGGACACGGCGGAGAUGAUCAAGUACGCCUGCCGCCCGCCCUACGAGAACGCCGCGACCAUCGUCAACCGCGGCCUCCCCCAGCUCGGCCUCUCAUCGCCCGGCCAAGGCGCCCUCGCCGGCUUCGGCAUCGAAGUCGACCCAAACAUGGCCGUCGUCCCCGGCCGCGUCCUCCCGCCACCUGCAAUCGCGUAUCGCACAAACCGGCUGAACGCGCGCGACGGAAGUUGGAACAUCCUCGAGGUCAAACUCACGCGCGGCGCGCAGGCGCAGCGCUAUGCCGUGCUCAUAGUGUACGACGAGAACGCGCGGCAGAGGCCCCCGAGCAUGAUGAGCCCGCAGGAGAGGGCGGCGGAGCAGCAGAGCGUGGAGCUGACGAUGCGGAAGUUCCACGAGAAGUGCACGCGGAGUGGGAUUGUGUUGCCGAAUCAGAAGCCGGUGUUUAAGGACGUGGCGCUGCCGUCGGAUCGGGGAAGGGCGAUCAAUGCGCUGAGGGAGGCGUUUAAGGGUGCGGCGGUGUCGAAGUUCGACUUCAUUCUGGUGCUGUUGGGGCAUAGGGAUCAUCACAUCUAUCCUGCGAUCAAGAGGAUCGGCGACGUCGAUGUCGGCAUUACGACGAUCUGUAUGCAUCGUAGCAAGAUCGAGGACGAGCGCAAGCAGGAUCAGAUCUUCUCCAACAUUGCGCUCAAGCUGAAUGUCAAGCUGGGUGGUGUCAAUCAUCUGUUGGAGCCGAAUGCCAUGCAGUGGCUCACCAAGAAGAAGACCAUGAUGGUCGGCGUCGACGUCACGCACGCUGGGCCAGGCAGUCAAGAGGGGACACCGUCUAUCGCUGCGGUCGUGGCGAGUGUCGACGAUCACUUCGUCCAGUUCCCUGCGAGUAUGCGGCUGCAAAGGUCGGCUCAGAACAAGGAGAUGGUCGACGAGCUGCGCGACAUGCUUGUCGAAAGGUUGCAGACGUACGAGAAGGCUAACAAGGGUGCGCUCCCGGAUCGUGUACUUGUCUUCCGAGACGGAGUUUCCGAAGGCCAAUUCGACAUUGUCCUGGGGGAGGAGCUCGCGCAGAUCCGCGACGCGUUCAAGCGCUUCGCGACCGGCAAGCGCAAGAAGUAUGAGCCGCGCCUCUCCAUCAUUAUCUGCGGAAAGCGCCAUCAUGCAAGGUUCUACCCCACCGACUCGCAACACGCAGCCAAGAAUGGGAACACCAAACCCGGCACCGUCGUCGACAAGGGCGUCACCGGCGUCUUCGACUACGACUUCUACCUGCAGGCGCACAAUGGCUUGCAGGGUCAGGUCCGCCCGACGCACUACACGGUCAUCUACGACGAGAAUGGCCUCGGCGCGGACGAGCUGCAGCAGGGCGCGCACACGGCGAGUUAUCUGUACGCGAGGGCGACGAAGGCGGUCAGCUUGAUCCCAGCGGCGUACUAUGCGGACCUGUGCUGCGAGCGCGGGAGGUUCUAUCUCAAUGAGUUCUUCGGCGAUCCCAGCUGGGCGGGGAGCGACGCGACGGGGACCAGGCUCAGUCGCGAGGCGGCGGCGCAGCGCGUGUAUGAGCGUGCGCGUCAGGCUUGGGGUCAAGGGGUCCACCCCAACAUGAAGGACAGGAUGUUUUACAUCUGAUUGACGAUCUGCGACGGACUGGAUGCUCAAGACGGAAUGGUUGCUCUCGAUAAAUGAUUGCUCUCGUAUGUAUUUGUAUUUGUAUCGUUUUGAGAUCGUGUCAACGCUGCUUUUAUGGACAACGAUGUUUGUUGAAGAUCUGAG